UCGAUUUGACUUAUAAUUAUAUAAUUAUAUAAAAACGAAUCGCAUGUAUCGUUAUAGAAAUCUAAACAUCUUGUAUAACCUUUUACUUCGUAUAUAUUCAUUUUCCAACUUCUCGCUCUUAUAUACGUAUACGUAUAAUAACGUGUAUAUAGAUACGUCGCUCUUGUCCUUUUUCUUCUUUUCUUUCUUAGCUUCUCUUUCUUAGAUUUCUCUUGAUUCGACCGAUUACCCUUUUAAUAUAACGCAUAAAUCGAAAUCGAAAUUAUUCGAUGCCCAAGUUAGUGAUACGUAUAAGGAAUUUGACCUUUACCUAGAUAAGUUUGUACGGUUCGUUAGACAGCUGCCAAUAGGGAAAGGCUUUGCCGCUAAUCGUCAUUCCUUCCGCGCUGUUGACCUCGGGCUUUCUUCUCUGUAAAACGUGGAAGAAUACCGCAACGAUGGAUAUUUGCGAUAAUGGGAUUUUUAGCAUUAUUCAAUGCCUAUGCGAUGCGUGUUUGUUUAUCGAUUACAAUUACUGAAAUGGUAAUCCCAAUGAAAAAUACGACGCAUAACGAUCGAUAUACCUGUGGGAUAAAUACUACGGAAAAUGGAAUAGACGAUAACGAUGUAAAGCCAUCGAACGCGAAAAAAUACGAUUGGGACGAGAUGAUGCAGGGUAUUAUUUUAUCGUCGUUUUACGUGGGUUAUGUGAUAACACAUUUACCUGGUGGAAUGCUAUCGGAAAAGUUUGGUGGAAAAUAUUCGCUUGGUUUGGGUAUAUUGGCGACGGGAAUUUUCACGUUGAUUACACCGAUCACCGUAGAAAUUGGAGAAGCGACAGGUUUGAUCGUUAUACGCCUAUUAAUGGGCCUUUGUGAAGGAACGACAUUUCCGGCGUUAAAUGCGAUGCUCGCACAAUGGACACCACCGGAGGAAAGAUCUAUGAUCGGUUCAUUGGUAUUUGCUGGUGCUCAACUUGGCACGGUAUUUGCAAACUCUUUAUCCGGUGUUAUUCUUCGAUAUUCGAUAAUAGGAUGGCCAGCUGUAUUUUACGUGUUCGGUAGUAUCGGAAUUCUUUGGUUUUUAUUAUGGUUGGUGAUAUGUUAUAAUAAUCCGGAUACGCAUCCGUUUAUUUCCGAAAGAGAACGAAUCUUUCUACAAGAAAGAAUGCGAGCGCAUACGCAUAAAAAACCACCCUCGGUGCCUUGGAAACACCUUCUUAAAUCUACACCGCUUUGGGCAUUGAUAGCGGCACAAGUUGGUCAUGAUUGGGGUUUUUUCACCUUGGUCAACGAUCUUCCGAAAUACAUGAGCGACGUGCUCAAAUAUUCGAUCGAUCACAACGGAUUUCUUUCCGCUUUACCAUAUUUAACUAUGUGGAUUUGCAGUACGAUAACAUCCUGUCUAGCUGAUUGGAUGAUCACAAAUGGCCUGAUGUCACGUACAAAUGUACGCAAACUAGGUACUACGAUUGCCUCGCUCGGACCAGGAGCAUUCAUUCUUGGUGCAUCUUAUGCCGAAUGUGACAAGACAACUGUUGUUAUUAUGUUCACUCUCGGCACAACGCUAAUGGGAACAUUUUAUCCAGGAAUGAAGGUAAAUGCUCUAGAUCUUAGUCCAAAUUACUCCGGUACUUUAAUGGCUCUGGUAAAUGGAAUAGGCGCUUUUACCGGUAUUUUAACACCGUAUAUUGUUAGCAUAUUGACUCCGAAUCAGGCUCUUCACGAAUGGAGACUUGUAUUUUGGAUUGUUUUCGGCGUUUUUGUUUUAACCAAUAUAAUUUUUGUCCUGUACGCGAGCGGAGAAGUCGAAUAUUGGAAUGAUCCUGAAUUCGUUAGAACCGAAAAAGAAAGGAUACAAAAGAAAGUUAUAGAUGAAAAAACGGAAAAAAUUCGGAAACCUCUUUCCUGAAUAGAAUAAUUGAAAAUAUUUUUGUUUGAUAAAUUUCUCAUAAUUUCAUCUAACGACCAAUGUGCAUUGAUUUUUACAACUUAAACUAUAUGUACACAUAUUGUGAUAUAUACAUAUAUCACGCGUAUCAAUACGUGUAAUAUUAAUAAUAUUAAUACGCGUCCGUAUCGAGUUGAUAUUCUUGAUCAUCUAUCUUAUUACAGACUUACUCGUUACAUUUUUUUAUUAAAGCGAAAUAAGUUUUUCGUUUAUUCAUCUAUGGAACGUAUUAUUGAUCGGUGCAAAAGUUCGUUUCUUUUUAUAAAUUUAAAUUUUCCAUUAAUUUCUUAAGUAAAAGUAAAAAUACAUUGCACAUUUUUAUCGAAACAAAAUAUUUUCUUGAGCUUUCUUUGUUGUAUUUUUGCGGAUCGAUCGAACGCUGAUACUGUGAAAAAGAUAUUACAAAACAGAACGUUUUUCUCUAUUUCGAUCUAAAAAAAAAAAAAAAAAAAAAAAAGAAAGAAAGAAAAA